CCCAACUGUCAUAACUUCCAAUAAACAGAGAAAAACCUUCUAUGUGAAGCAGAUAAGGGGCCGCUUCCACUCUGCUCUUCCAUUUUUCUCUAAAUCCAUUGAAUUCAAAUGUCAUCAAACACCACUUUCAAUUUGAAUUUGAAUUUCAACUUCAACAACUUCAAUCAUCGCUCUCCCCCUUUUUCUCAUCCGUCAAACGAUUUCUCCUUCUUCUUCUCCUCUUCCCCUUCCCGCUUCCUUCGAUUCUGCACUACCAGACCAUCUUCCGCCGUUUCUCAUGGUCCGCCGUCGCCACCACCAGUGAAGGUUCUUAUGGAGAAGAUGGAUCUUAUCGGAAUCGUCUGUGAUGAACAUUGUACUCCUGGAAAAUACUAUUGCCUCUUCUGUCCCAAGUGCAAGGGUGGUCGUUUUAUUGAGAGGAGCUUAUCUCUUCAUGUGAUUCCAACUGGAGAUUUUGCAAUGUGGAGGUGUUUCCAGUCUGAGUGUGGUUGGGCAGGCCGGAUAUUUGCAGAUGGCAGAUUGGCAUUUAAUGGAUUCAGCAGAACCGUGAAGACGGUUGGACGAAGUGCAAGGGAAAGUUUGGUUUUGGAGCCUCUUGGUGAUGAGCUAAUCUCUUACUUCAACAAGAGAAUGAUAUCCCAAGAAACCUUAGAAAGGAAUGUUGUUAUGCAAAUAGCUGGUCGUCAGGUUGCUAUUGCAUUUACUUAUAGACAAAAUGGACAGCUUGUCGGUUGCAAGUACCGAACCAUGGACAAGAGAUUUUGGCAGGAGAAGGGCACAGAAAAGUUAUUGUAUGGGAUUGAUGACAUUAAUGAUGCAAAUGAACUCAUCAUUGUUGAAGGUGAAAUGGAUAAACUUUCAGUUGAAGAAGCUGGUCUCCUCAAUUGUAUCAGUGUUCCUGGUGGUGCUCCAAGCAAGGUUUCAACUGAUACAGUUCCAUCAAAUGAAAAGGAUACUGCAUACCAAUAUUUAUGGAGCUGCAAAGACUACUUGGAUAAGGUUUCCCGCAUUAUCUUGGCUACUGAUAGCGAUGAACCGGGGCAAGCUUUGGCAGAAGAGCUAGCGCGUCGCCUUGGAAAACACAGAUGUUGGCGAGUAGAUUGGCCAUAUAAAGAUGACUUCAACCGUUUUAAAGAUGCCAAUGAGAUUCUAAUGCACUUGGGGCCAGAUGCUUUGAAGAACGCAAUUCAAGAUGCCAAAUUUUAUGAACUUUUUAGUUCAAAUCAAAUAAAAAAAGAAGAGGACCUCAAGAGCUUCCAAGAGUCUUGAUAACAAUAGCAAACAAGUUUUGAGUAAUCUGUUAUGGAUUAUUCAGUGUCAUUUGAUUGAUCAGAAGCCUUCUUUGGACUAAAUAUUAAUAUAUAUAUAUAUAUAUACACACACACUUUAGAGUUUUAUUUGAUUGAAACUUUUUUUUUUU